AAAAUUUCUAACUUGAACACUCACACACACAUUCCGCUUUACUGCUUACAUUGUCACAAACACAAAGUGCUUCUUCCAUUACAGAAAAGCCCUAUAAUUCAAUUCCCAAAUUUUAUUUUUCUUUUACAAAAUGAAGACUAUUCCUCUCAUUCUUAUGGGUUGUGGAGGAGUUGGUUCUCAACUUCUCCAACACAUUGUCUCAUGCCGUUCUCUUCACUCUUCACAGGGACUCUGCUUGAGAGUUGUGGGAGUUGGUGAUAGUAAAUCUCUGGUGGUUGUUGAUGAUUUGUUGAAUAAGGGGUUUGAUGAUAGCUUCUUGUUAGAACUUUGUCGGCUCAAGCAUGGUGGUGAAUCGCUGUCAAAACUUGGUGAUUUUGGGCAAUGCCAGGUAUUUGUGCAUCCGGAAUCGGAAAAAAAGAUUUUAGAGAUUGCAUCUCAACUUGGUACAAAGACAGGUUUGGCCUUUGUAGAUAGCACUGCUAGCUCUGACACUAUUGUGGUGCUAAAACAAGUGGUUGAUUUGGGUUGUUGUGUUGUAAUGGCAAAUAAAAAGCCUCUUACAUCUACAAUGGAAGAUUUUGAAAAACUUAUGGCAUAUCCACGUCGUAUCCGUCACGAGUCAACUGUAGGUGCUGGUCUUCCUGUGAUAGCAUCCCUGAAUCGCAUAAUCUCUUCUGGUGAUCCUGUUCAUCGCAUUAUUGGAAGUCUGAGUGGAACAUUGGGGUAUGUAAUGAGUGAGGUUGAAGAUGGAAAGCCACUGAGUGAAGUUGUUAGAGCUGCUAAAAGUCUGGGGUACACUGAACCAGAUCCACGUGACGAUCUUAGUGGAAUGGAUGUUGCUAGAAAGGCUUUGAUUCUUGCCCGAAUACUUGGACAUCGGAUUAAUAUGGAAAACAUUCAGAUUGAGAGCUUGUAUCCCAGAGAAAUGGGGCCUGAUGUAAUGACUGUUGAAGACUUUUUGGGCCGUGGACUCUCGCUGCUGGACAAAGAUAUUCAAGAGAGAGUUGAGAAGGCAGCUUCAAAUGGAAAUGUUCUGCGAUAUGUCUGUGUCAUUGAGGGCCCAAGGUGUGAAGUCGGUAUUCAAGAGCUUCCGAAGAAUUCUCCUUUAGGAAGAUUAAGAGGAAGUGAUAAUGUGAUUUCUCCCCUUGUUGAUAGCAGCCACAACAUUCUAUCCAGAUUGGAAGUAUACACCCGAUGCUAUAGUGACCUACCUCUGGUUAUUCAAGGUGCUGGAGCUGGAAACGACACGACCGCAGCCGGUGUCCUUGCUGAUAUCGUGGAUCUUCAGGAUUUAUUUCCUUGAGGGAAAUGUUUUUGUUCUGUGAAUUUAAAGAAAAUAAAAGUUACAGCUGCUAUGUAUCUUGUCAUGUAAUCUGGUCGACGUGCUUUUAAAUAUUUGGUUAAAGUAUAUUAUUGGUCCCCAUUCAUGAUUUGUACUAUCAUUUUCAAUGUUGUACAAAGGCAUACAUUUCACCAAUUUUACAAAUGUGUGCCCUUUAUACACCUAAAAUCAUUGUAGUUUUUUUUA